AUGUCGACUGGUUUGACGAAGAGAAGCAUGGUGACAAUGCUAAGCAUUGAUGGAGGUGGCAUUAGAGGCAUAAUUCCCAGCAUCCUUUUAGCCUUUCUUGAAUCCAAGCUUCAAGAAUUGGAUGGGCCAAAUGCAAGAAUUGCAGAUUAUUUCGACAUAAUUUCCGGAACAAGCACCGGAGGUCUCGUCACCACCAUGCUUACAGCUCCCAACAAGGACAACCGACCCCUGUAUGAAGCCAAGGACAUCAUCACCUUCUAUCUAGAUCACAGCCCUAAGAUUUUCCCUCAAAAUAGUGCAAAUAACUUAUUGACAUCAAUAACAAGUAUGGUUCGUGCGGUCAUAGGGCCUAAGUAUGAUGGGAAGUACUUGCGCAAAGUGAUAAAUGGGCUGCUUAGUGAUCUCACUCUCAAGCAGACACUCACGACUAUGAUUAUUCCAACUUUUGAUAUCAAGUACCUUCAGCCUGUGAUCUUCUCAACCACCGAUGCCAAAGAAAGUGCUCUGAAAAAUGCUAAGCUCUCGGAUAUCUGCAUAAGUACCUCUGCUGCUCCUACUUAUCUCCCUGCACACUACUUCGAGGUCAAGGAUAGCGAGGGAAAGACCCGAACUUUUGAUCUCGUCGAUGGUGGGGUUGCUGCAAACAAUCCUACAAUGCUGGCCUUAAGCCACAUAUACAGAGAGACGUUGAAGCACAAUUCAGAGCCGAUAGAUGCGACGAGGUUGCUAGUGCUGUCGUUGGGCACAGGUGCAGCCAAGUUUGAAGAGAAGUACAAUGCAACCACGGCAUCCAAAUGGGGUUUGAUCAAUUGGGUUUUUGACAAUGGGAGCACGCCAUUGGUAGACAUUUUUGGUGAUGCAAGUUCUGAUAUGGUUGACAUUCAUGUGUCCACCUUCUUCCAGUCCGUCCACGCCAAGGACAACUACCUACGUAUUCAGGAUGACUCGUUGAGCGGUGAGGAGGCAACCGUGGAUAUAGCAACGGAUAAGAAUCUAAAGAGACUUUUGGAGAUUGGAAAGGCGUUGUUGAAGAAGCCAAUGUCACGGGUGCAUUUGGAUACAGGCAGGUAUAAGAAAUCUGAGGGAGAGGUUACUUAUGAAGGAGCACUGAUUGAUUUUGCCAAAAGGCUCUCGGAUGCGAAGAAGCACAAUUGAACAAUAAAUUGCAAUAUCUUAAUUUUUAUU